AGUGUAGCCCCAGCAGUGCCAACUGUCAGUGCCCAUCAAUGCCACCUGCCAGUGACCAUCAAUGCCACCUGCCACUGCCCAUCAGUGCCACCUAUCAGUGGCCGUCAGUGCCGCCUGUCAGUGCCCGUCAGUGAUGCCUGUCAAUGCCCAUCAGUGAUGCCUGUCAAUGCCCAUCAGUGAUGCCUGUCAAUGCCCAUCAGUGAUGCCUGUCAAUGCCCAUCAAUGCCGCCUAUCAGUGCCCAUCAGUGGAGAAAAAUCACUUAUUUACAAAAUUUUAUAA